UUAAUCGCUUUUGUUUGGUUUUUCUGUCUUAAGGCUUCAUUCAUUCAGCUUCUCCACUCAUAUCUCCCCAAAAGCUUUUGUUUCUUUCUGCUUAUGGAAGGCCCUUAAACUUUCUCACUCUGCUUCACUUUCUCCCUUUAGCAUUUUCUUGCGAAAUAUUUCCACAAAAUCAGUAGCAGUUUUUUUCGGUCUCUGAUAUACCAAAACUCGCUUCCUUAGUUUUUGGCAGUUUGGUUUGAUUGUGUUUGGAGUGUGAUGUCGCCGCCGGCGGUGGUAACGGAGGAGGAUGGGCUGAGCAAGGUGUCGUCGACUGUAGCGUCUGGUUCUUCGCAGUCCUUGGAUUGUUUCUCUCAGAAUGGGGCUGGAUUGAAAGAAAGGAAUUACUUAGGGUUGUCUGAUUGCUCAUCAGUGGAUAGCUGUGCAUCUACUGUGCCAGGCUUGGGUGAUGAGAAAAAGGAGAACAUGAAUUUGAAGGCUACGGAGUUGAGGCUGGGUCUUCCCGGGUCACAGUCACCUGAAAGAGAUCCUGAUCUUUUCUCUUUAAGCUCAGCAAAGCUCGACGAGAAGCCACUGUUCCCAUUAGUUCCUACUAAAGACGGGAUUUGCUUGUCGUCCCAGAAAACUGUUGUUUCCGGCAACAAGAGAGGUUUUGCUGAUACCAUGGAUGGGUUUUCUCAGGGGAAGUUUACUGGUAAUACGGGGAUGAACGCAAUGCUGUCACCUAGGCCUUCUUGUGCUCAGCCUUCUGCAAUGAAAGAAAUUCCAAGCAAGUUGCAAGAACGGCCUUGUUCAGCUAAUAAUGGAACUGGUCAUAACCAUACAGGUGCUUCUAUAAGUGGCAGUGCACCGGCUUCUAAGGCACAGGUUGUCGGUUGGCCUCCUAUAAGAUCAUUUAGGAAAAACUCCAUGGCCACUACAUCCAACAAGAACAAUGAUGAAGUGGAUGGAAAACCCGGUGGUGGCGCACUCUUUGUGAAGGUCAGCAUGGAUGGUGCUCCCUAUCUUAGGAAAGUAGAUCUAAGAAGUUAUUCAACAUAUCAGGAGCUAUCUUCUGCACUUGAGAAAAUGUUCAGCUGUUUUACCUUAGGUCAGUGUGGUUCCCAUGGAGCUCCAGGAAGAGAAAUGUUGAGUGAGAGUAAGCUGAGGGAUCUUCUGCACGGUUCAGAGUAUGUCGUCACUUAUGAAGAUAAAGAUGGAGACUGGAUGCUUGUAGGGGAUGUACCCUGGGAAAUGUUCAUUGAUACUUGCAAAAGGCUGAAAAUUAUGAAGGGUUCUGAUGCCAUUGGCUUAGCUCCCAGGGCCAUGGAAAAGUCCAAAAGCAGGACUUAAGGUAUUCGGGACCGCCUUUUGUCUAAUCAAAGCUUUAUUGCUGGAUCCAGAGUGGGAAAAAAGGAAGAUGACUGAAUUCCCUGAGAUCAAUGGUUUAACGCGAUUCAGCUGUUGUUUUUAUGUUUUCGAGUCCCUUAAGAGUCUUUCUUGGUCUUGUGUUAGUUUGUUACCACUAUAAUAUCAUAUGAAGCUACUUGGAAGAUUAGUAUUUGUGGAGUCUGUAAUCAAUAUAGGAAUCUGUUUGUUUGGAUGAAUCGAAUAUCUGUUGCAGCCAUCAUACGGUUCUAACACUAUGUUUGUGAUUUGUGUCUCACUCGCCUAUUCAUUUUCUUC